UCCCCUAUCUCCUUCCGGCCUCUCUAGGCGCGUGGGCAGUGCUCGCUGGUGAGGCCCUUCUGCUUCCGGUUUGUGGCGCGAGGCGAUCGGUGGCGGCUACUGCUACUGCUGCACAGGGCGCGCGAUGCCGACGGGAGACUACGACUCGAAGCCUAGCUGGGCCGACCACCACGGGGCUGUGGGCCGACUCCCCCCCUCCCCCCAGCCAAUACCUUCCGUCAUUGGGACCCCCCGGCUCCUUUGCAUCUGGCCUUGCAGUCUCCCAGUGCUGGUCAGGUUCCAGCCUAGCCCAAGGGCCCGUGUGUUGAUCUCCAGGGAUGGGCCCUGCUCCUCUUCCCCAGACAAAUGCAUCACCAGCGAGCUGCUCAAGGACAUCCCCCUCACUGCGGUGCUGGGUGGGGACCUGGGUGCCAGUGUUGCCGAGGCAGAGGCCAAGGCCGAGUCAGAGCUGCUGAAAGAUGGUCCUCUUCCAUCCCCAAAGGAGCUAAUCAAUGGGAACAUCAAAACUAUCACUGAGUACCGUGAGGAGGAGGAUGGGCGCAAGGUGAAGAUCAUCCGUACCUUCCGUAUUGAGACUAGGAAGGCUUCUAAGGCCGUGGCCCGCCGCAAGAACUGGAAGAAGUUUGGCAACUCAGAAUUUGAUGCACCUGGCCCCAGCAUUGCCACAACAACUGUGAGCGACGAUGUCUUCAUGACUUUCAUCACUAGCAAGGAGGACCUGAACUGCCAAGAGGAGGAAGACCCCAUGAACAAGCUGAAGGGCCAGAAGAUUGUAUCAUGCCGCAUCUGCAAGGGCGACCAUUGGACCACACGUUGCCCCUACAAAGACACACUGGGGCCUAUGCAGAAGGAACUGGCUGAGCAGCUGGGGCUGUCCACCGGCGAGAAGGAGAAGCUGCCUGGAGAGCCAGAGCCAGUGCAGGCAGCACAGAGCAAGACAGGGAAGUAUGUCCCACCCAGCCUGAGGGAUGGGGCCUGCCGCCGUGGGGAGUCUAUGCAACCCAACCGCAGGGCCGAUGACAAUGCCACCAUCCGUGUCACUAACCUGUCUGAAGACACGCGCGAGACGGAUCUGCAGGAGCUGUUCCGCCCCUUCGGCUCCAUUUCCAGGAUCUAUCUGGCUAAGGACAAGGCCACUGGGCAGUCCAAGGGCUUUGCCUUCAUCAGCUUCCACCGGCGGGAGGAUGCCGCCCGUGCCAUUGCUGGUGUCUCCGGCUUUGGCUAUGACCACUUGAUCCUCAACGUGGAAUGGGCUAAGCCAUCCACCAAUUGAGCUGGUGCCACACAGGCCCUGGCCAACGGCGCCUCUGGGGAAGACGCUGAUCACUAAUAAAGGUUUAUCCCAGUCUGGCA